AUGGGAGAUCCCGCGGUAGUCACUCUCCCCAAAAGGGAGAAGAAGUUCAAGACCGAGCUCACAGACUAUUCCAUCCGCCGCGAGGGCAACAAUUGGCCCUACACGGAUGAUAUCGAUGUUGACGCUCUGAUCGUCGGAGCGGGCUUCAGCGGUAUUUUUAUGCUCAAGACACUUCGAGAUCGCGGUCUUAAAGCUGUCAUAUUUGAGGCUGGUAAUGACACCGGCGGAACUUGGAGAUGGAAUUGCUAUCCUGGAGCUCGCGUUGACUCAGCCGUGCCCGAGUACGAGUUCUCUUGGCCAGAGGUGUACAAGACUUGGAACUGGUCAACCAAUUAUCCCGAUUACAAGGAGCUGAGAGCAUACUUCGACCACGUCGACAAAGUGAUAGGCGUAAAGAAGGAUUGCUCUUUCAACACUGUCGUGACAAGUGGCAACUUCGACAAGGAAUCAGGCAAAUGGAUUGUGGAGACUGCAGACGGCCGGACGAGCAAGGCGAAGUUUUUUAUUCUGGGCACCGGAUUCGCCGCAAAACGUUACAUUCCUGACUGGCCUGGUGUUGACAAGUUUAAAGGAAUUGUCCACCACUCUUCCUUCUGGCCCGACGACGAGAUUGAUGUACGCGGCAAGCAAUGUGCCGUCAUCGGCACCGGCGCCUCAGGGGUCCAGAUAUCCCAAGAAUGGGGUCCCAUUGCCGGCUCUCUCAAGGUCUUUCAGAGGACGCCUAACCUCGCCAUCCCCAUGGGCAAGAGACCGCUUACGGCGGAGGAGCAGACAAACUCAAAGCAGUGGUAUCAUCGCUUCUUCGAAAUGCGCGAGCGGAGCUUUGGGGGUUUCUUGUACACCUUUUCCGAGAAGAACACCUUUGAAGACAGUGCCGAGGAGCGGGAGAAGUUCUACCAGUCACUGUUCGACCACGGAGGAUUCGAAUUUUGGCUGGCUAAUUACAAGGACUAUUACAAGAACCAUGAAGCUAAUACAGAGGCCUACAACUUUUGGGCCAAGAAGGUACGGAGCCGCAUUGGUGAUCCGAGGAAGCGGGAUCUUCUUGCGCCGCUCAAGAUGCCGCACUAUUUUGGUAUCAAGAGGCCCUGCCUGGAGCAGAACUACUAUGAGCAGUUCAACAGAGAGAACGUGGACGUCAUCGGCAUAUCCAAGAAUGGGAUCAAGGAGUUUGAUGAGACUGGCAUCACCCUCGAGGACGGGACGCAUCAUGAAUUCGACGUGAUCGCCAUUGCUACCGGCUUUGAUAUCACGACCGGUGGAAUGACUCAAAUGGGACUCAAGUCUAUCGAAUCUACCGAGCUUGAGUCGGAAUGGCGAGCAGCUGCCAAUACUUAUCUAGGGCUCACCGUCUCCGGCUAUCCUAACAUGUUCCACAUGUACGGCCCUCAUGGACCAACUCUGCUGUCCAAUGGGCCCGCGACCGUCGAGGUCCAAGGCCGUUGGAUCGCGGACGCCAUCGUCAAGAUGAAGCGAGAGGGAAUCAAGUAUGUCAACGCCACAAAGGACGCGACCAAGGCUUGGAAGAAUCACAUCAACGAGCUGAGCGACGCAACUCUAUUCCCAACAACACGAAGCACGUACAUGGGAGGCAGUGUACCCGGUAAAGCCUUUGAGCAGGUCAACUAUGCCGGUGGAAUCCCCGACUAUAAGAUUGAGAUUCGAGAGGCCCUGCAGAAUUGGAAUGGGUUUGAUGUGGUCAAGGCUGAAGGUACAGCCAAUGGAACGACCAAAGUGUAG